GAUUUCAUAGGAAGAAAACACCAGAUCCAACUCCCUCUGAGAAACAAGCAAUCACAAUCCUAAGUGACAGGUGUUACGUGGCUAGCGUCUCCUACCUCUCUCCCCUCUCCCUUUGCUUCCUCUGUACUAGACCAGUUAUAUAACCACCACCAGCUGCGCACAUUAGUACUGCUUCUCUUUCUCUCUCUCUCUUCAUUUUGGAGGUUUCUUUCUCCUCCUUUAUGUGAGCGGUUUCGAAAUCCUCGCUUCAGAUUUCCGUGUCAUCAGUUGUAACAUGAAAGCUGACGCUUCUUUUAUUAUUAAGUGCAUGAAUAAGAUCUCUGUUGAUUAACAAAAAAUUAUCAUCAAUAACUUUGGCGCAUUUUAGCCACCUCUCCACAAUUCACCAUUUCUUCGUAUUCUUCUUCUUCUCCUUUCUAUCCACCCUAUCGCUAAUCGUUUAGUCGGUUGCUGAAAAACCCACCUGUGAAUUUUGGAAAGAGUUUCAUGUUUACUAUGAGAGGGCGUCAUGGGGACAUUGCUUCCUCGAGGUACAAGCGUGUUCCUUCAAGCGACUUCAUAGAUGCCUAUGAUAAAGAAGAAAGUUCAGAACAUUUGCUGAAAGGAACAGGCAAAGAUAUUGGACACCCUUCUUGGAGGCGUUCUUUGGUGCAUGUACUGGUGGCAACACUUUCCUCUUUCUUGUUUGGCUACCAUAUUAGUGUAGUUAAUGAAACACUAGAAAGUAUUUCUUUGGACCUCAGCUUUAGUGGGAAUACCAUGGCUGAAGGUCUAGUGGUAAGUACAUGCCUAGGUGGUGCUUUCAUUGGAUCCAUGUUCAGUGGCUGGAUUGCAGAUGGGGUUGGGCGACGCCGGGCUUUCCAGCUGUGUGCUUUGCCAAUGAUAAUUGGGGCAUCAAUUAGUGCAACAACAAAAGAUCUGAAGGGUAUGCUUCUGGGAAGGUUUUUUGUCGGAACUGGGAUAGGUAUUGGUCCACCUGUUGCAGCUCUCUACGUGUCUGAGGUUUCACCAGCUCAUGUAAGGGGUACUUAUGGUAGCUUAACGCAAAUAUCAACAGGUCUUGGAAUUAUGGGGUCUCUGUUUAUUGGGAUCCCGGCAAAAGAAACUUUGGGCUGGUGGCGCAUUUGUUUUUGGGUGUCUGCCGUUCCUGCUGCAGCCCUUGCCCUUUUCAUGGAGUUUUGUGCUGAGAGUCCUCAUUGGCUUUUAAAGAGGGGAAGGAGUGCUGAAGCUGAGACUGCACUUGAGAAGCUUUUAGGAGGAUCACAUGUCAAAUUUGCAAUGGUUGAAUUGUCAAAGUCAGACCGAGGAGAUGAGGCAGAUAAAGUAAAGUUAUCAGAGUUGCUCUACGGUCGCCAUUUUAGAGUGGUUUUCAUUGGGUCUGCACUUUUUGUCUUACAACAGCUAUCUGGCAUAAAUGCCGUAUUCUACUUCUCGUCAACUGUCUUUAAAAAUGCUGGUGUUCCUUCCAAGUCUGCAAACAUAUGUAUUGGAAUCUUCAACUUAUCGGGUUCAGUAAUUGCAACGCUUUUGAUGGAUAAACUGGGAAGAAAAUUGCUUCUUAUAGGGAGUUUUUCUGGAAUGGCAGUGUCAAUGGGUCUUCAAGCUAUUGCACCUAGUCCAUUUGUGCCAAGAACUGCUGCAUUAUAUCUAUCUGUUGGAGGCAUGCUAAUGUUUGUCUUGACAUUUUCUCUUGGUGCUGGUCCUGUCCCUAGUCUACUUCUGUCUGAAAUAUUGCCAGGUCGAGUUAGGGCAAAGGCAAUGGCAGUUUGCAUGGCUGUGCAUUGGGUUGUAAAUUUCUUUGUUGGUCUACUGUUUCUGCAUUUGCUGGAGCAAAUUGGGCCGCUGGUCUUGUAUACAGCAUUUGCUAGCUUUUGUUUGCUAGCAGUAAUUUUUGUGAAGAAGAACGUGGUGGAAACCAAAGGAAAAUCACUCCAAGAAAUUGAGAUUGCACUUCUGCCGUAAAGGAAGAUAAGUAGAUUUUUGGAUGCUGAAUAUCCCUGGACAUCUUUGCACGGGUUUUGGCUUUAUCUAUAUCUUGAAGUGAGAAGCAUAUUGGCUGGACGGCGUAUAGCUGGAGAACUUAGAAAAAUAGAGACAUCAGGUGCUCAGUCUGGGAAUCCUGUGUUGCCAGUACGUUUUUGUGAGCACACGGGUGUUUCUUUCUAUUCGAAAUUAUUGAAGCAAUGUAGCAUACGUAUGUGAUAAGACAAAGGGCCUUCUGCUGCUGUAUAUGUUUGGACCGAAAGAUGUUGAUAUUAGCAUAUGCUCAAUUUUCUGAAAUGAGCUGACAUGCUAAAUGACACUAUCGCCUGUAACCCAGUUAUAUGAUUGAAAAUCGCAGUUAAAAAAACUCCUUUUGAA